ACGAAAUUUACAAUUCUAAAUCCAUGAAAUCUACGCCCCAAAGCCAAAAUUAAUCAUUCAAUAACUAUCGAUGAUGUAGCGAAAUGCUGUAAUAGAGCAUAAUUUAACCGAAAUCAACAAAGUCGACGACCCGCUGAUAGCAGAAAAACUUUUACAUCAACACAUACAAACGCCAAAAAGUAGAGGCGAAUAAACUCGUAAAGAUUAGUGGAUAAAAAAAAUGUCAAUGCUGCCACUAGCGGGCAGUGCCUCCGGUACACAUCUACGUCCACUAUCAUUGACCGGCCCAGAGCGUGAACCUGUACAAUUUACGGUUAAUUUGGUUGGCGCACCGCCCGAAGUCGAGCAGCUGGUCGAACAAAUCAAACACGUAGCCGAACAGUUUCUGUAUCAUUGGAAAACCUUCCCAAUCGUACUCCCGCAACCGCUAUCCGCAACAACACUAGUACUGACCGUCAACAAUGCAACGAACAGCGUCAGUAACCGCAACAAAACGCGACCGAUUAAUUUGCGCGACCUAUUUAUAGCGCCGCCCUUUGAUGAGUUGGAUGCCGUUGCAUCGGAUGGCAGCGGUGAACCGCGACGCCUCACCAAUUCGCAGCUGAAGUCAUUGCGCGAGUCUGGCUUGCAAAAGGAUAAAUACGGCAAGCCAAAGAAAUUAACUUUGGCACAAUUGGAAACAAUACGUAAAAAUGGUGAAUUCGAUGUACCCAGCUUGCACUUUCCCGGCCAGGUGCACAAGUGGCGACUGUCGCAGCUGCUGCAGAAGGGCACAUUGCGCGCCCAUGAUUCCUUCCUCAGCGACUUGGCGCUGGCCGCGCGUUUCAUUGUUGUGACGGCGCGUGCGCGCAUUUUUGGACAUUUCUUUUCGGUAGUGCACGCCGCGCAAGCGCUGCUAGAUGGUAUUAUCAAGCUGGUCGAUAUGUUUAUCGGCGUGCCGGCAUUGCUCGCGCAUAACUUGGAUUAUAAAAUCAAGGAGGAGCGCUGCCGCUUUCUAAUCGCGGAGCUUGUGUGCCGCCCCGAAUUCGAGGACUGUCUGGAUGGGCUGUGUUCGUACGUGCGCAAAAUGCUGCGUCGCGCCACAAUGGAAAAAUUCGAUUUCAAUAGCUGUGAGGUAACGCAACCGGUUCCAUAUCUCUUUCUCACGCCCAAGGGUCAGGAGAUUGAUUUGCGCCUGUUCUGUCGUGAUGUCAUGCGCAAAGCAUUGCCGGUGCUUAUCGGCAUAUUGGAGCGCGAGACACGCGGCUGGUUUCUGCACUUUCGCGAGCGCCUCAUUGCAGAGCUGCGCGCCAAAAAGCUCAGCGACAAGGAAAUCGAGGAGGAAGUAAAUGAGGCGGUUAUGAAGGAAUACCUGCAACGCGUCUACUCUUCCAUACUAUCGAAUCCCAAAUUGGCGGAGCUGGGUGAUGGCAUUCCCGAACUUCUAGUUCAACAGGCACAAUCUGUUGUGUUCAUGUACAAGGCGAUGGAUAAAGUGCAGAAGGAUAUUAAGCGCACUCGCGAAGAUCAUCAGAAAUGUCUUGCCAACGAUCAUUCGGUUUUGUCGCGUGUCGCGCCUUGGCUACGCUCGAAAUUGCGCAAAGCCGAGGAAAGCAAACUCAGCAAAUCCGCCUGGUCGGCACAUGAGGAGGCGCUAAAAAUGUGCACCAAACAUAAUUUGCACCAAACUGCCUAUUUUCUUAGUCGCGACUUGGCGUUCAUGAAAGAGCGCGAACCAGUUUUACUCAAGGAGCUUAAGAAUGCGAAAACGCCGACGCGCAGCUUCCAAUGGGCUUGCCGUAUAUGGUCGCCGAGUGCUUGGAUAAUACGACGCAACUUUCAAGGUCAAUCGGAUGUGAUACCUACAGUAAUUAGUCAGCAGGCUACCUCGAUCGUAACGCCACGCUCUGAUCCCAGUCAGCCGGUAUUCUUGGUGGAGAAGGAAAUCAUACGUACAACCAGCACGCGCUGGCCACUUUGGCGUCUACUAAAUUUACUGCAGCGCACCUGGUGUUGGACAUGGAACAUGAUGUUUCUGCUCGGCAUAUUGGUGCCCUGGUGCAGUCCAUUAGGGUUGCGUGCGCUCUUCUGUGUGAAGCCGUUCAUGCCGGACUUGGAGCUGUCGCAGAUCAAUGGCACUCUGUUUCCGCGCAAGACCAGCAUUACGCAGACGAUGGCCUCACGCUUGAUCGAACUCUGGCGACACAUAUCAAAAUCACGUACACACUUCGAAACGGAACCGGACACUGGCUUCAUUGGCAAAGGACUGACGCGCAACUUAAAUCGAGUGUGGAAUUAUUUUUUUAAGGGCUUUCUCGGCACUCUUAUCAUACUAUUCGCAUUUCCGUUGAUUUGCUUAGCCACCAGUUUUCUCAGUAUUGCAUUAGCGCUAACCGCGCCGCUUUGGAUUCCUAUAUUUACAAUGCUUUUGCAUCUCUAUAUGAUACUCAUUUACGAUUUGGACUGUCCGGAUAACUCGCGCAAUCGUUACUGUAUACUUCUGGAGGCUGUUAUUUGGAACGUUAUGAUACAGGGGCUUUUACAACCGGUUGCAGCCGUUUUGGUCGCUACGUUCUGCUGUCCGCUGGCAUCAAGCAUAAUUUUAGUUGUUGGUGUGGCCCGCUUCUCGCUCCGACUGCUAUGGGAUUCUUUGACGUUUCACUUGUUCAUAAAAAAAUGUGGCCGUGUACCGGCUUCCGAUAGCAUUGCUGUCAAGCGUAUAGCUGGACCGGGCCUAGCGCUCGACUACUAUUUUAUCAUCAAACCCGAACAAGCUUUGGCAGCGUUUGAGGCGAAAAUGGAGUUGGACGAACUUCAGGCAUAUCAACACGCCAUGGAGCGCAUCAUACUGCAGCCGCAAAAGGAUUUCAGUCAAUUCGUAGAAGCCUGCUUUGGUCCAUUCUCGGCACAGCUGGCGAAGACAGGGCCGUAUAUGACACUGGAUCGCGAGGCACACGAUCUAAUGAGCACCCUACACGAAAAGUUGGAAAAGCGGAGACGAGAACUGCAAACCUCGCUGACAACACAGGUGAAAACGCGCAUAAAAUUAAAUACCAAGGAGUUAAAGAUUGCCAUACAACUGGCCGCCCAUAUAUUAGAGAAAUGUUAUCCGUCACAUGUUAUUGCCAGGCUGUCCAUUAGUGAAGAUGACUUUUGGGAUAAUAAGGGCCUUAGCGUAAACGAUUGGCCCGGUCUGGCCGGUCUCAUGUAUACCGAAAUAUUUAGCUUAGAUUUUCUAACGCCAUUGACUGAGAACGAUACACAUUUUAAACUAGAACCGCAUCCCUCGCUCGACUUAACACGUUACACAGAAAUGGUACAAAACGCUACCGAUGUGAUAGGUUCCAAAGGUUUGGAUUUGCUGGGUAACGUGUACGCGCCGCGUGGUAAUGUGCAAGUGCAUUUGCCAUUCCUCGAAGUGACGGCCUUCAAUCCGCGCUCCAGAAUCACGCUCAACUUCAGGAAGCCAGAAAAGCGAGACAUGUCCGUCGGCUUGACGACGCCACGUGUGCGCGCACACCGUUCGCAAAACGCGAAAGCGCCAGAGCCGCUGAAACCUUGGCGUCCGUGGAAAAAGAAAACGGACGAGAAGAGCGUCACGGAGAAGCUGCUUAUACCGUUACCUGUGCCGCAUCCUGUGCACAUUGCCAUCGCUAUACACAAUCGUGACUCCGAAAAUCCUAUACCGCUCGACUCGGAACUUGUGUGGGAAAUACUCAAGUCAAUCGAGGAUUGUCAAGGCGGUGAUGUGAUGGCUGUACAAUCAGUUGCCCGCUAUCGCGGUGUUGUAACAGAAUCUAGUAACGACUCGUUAGCCACUAGUAGCAGCAUUGGCAGCACACGUGAUUCCGGUUCCGGCUCAGGCAUUGUUGGCAACGGCACCGAAACAUUGCCCUGCGUUAACCGUGAGGUUUGCACGCAGGUGAAAGUGUCCGAGGAGCCGGUACAAACGUCCGGCUUCCAUUGGACGCUCAGCAAUUGGGGUGCCGCGCAAACGGCGCGACGACGCACCAACUCGAAUGUGCGCGUUGACUUAGCGAGCCCUGAAGAUAUAUCACUGGACACAGACAGUUCGCGCGCCGUCUUCAACGCAUAUGGCACAACGGUUUAAGACGGCCGUCUAGUGUAUAGGGCGGUACGUCUGCGUAAAGCAGCUAAAGUUAGCUAAUAAAUUAUAAGAAUGGUUUUUAAUUUACAUAUAAAUUGGCAAGUAUUUUAUAUGCAGCAUAUGAAUGCGCGUCAAUGCGCGUGGUUUUGUAUGUGAAGUAGUUGCAGCACUGACAGCAGACGUUCAUACAACGAGUGUCAUAUGUUCAUGCGCAUACAUUUCCAUAUGCAUUCGUUCAUAUAUAGUAUAUAUACACACAUAUGUAUUGAUGGAGCAUUCAUAGUAGUUAUAUACAUACAUACAUAUUAAUCAACAGGCAUAUACAUAUAUAUUUGUAUAACAUAGCAUAUACACAUACAUUAUAAAUUUACAAUGUGCAACGCGCAUACAUACAGCUAACUGCUGUAUGACUAUUUUAUUGUACAUCCAUAUAAGGCAUCUAGUCGUGCGAACAAAAAGUAAAUAUUAAGUGAGCCAUUUCAAUAUUUCCAUAUUGACAUUGUAGUUGCAAUUCUUGCAUUGGUCAGUUGUUGCAACAGUUUUUUGCUUUACUUUUUUAGAAAACUUUUUUUCUUUUUUUUUUCUUUCUGCGUACAUUUUUUACAAAUUCGUUAGAGAAAUAAUCAAGUUCGGUAGCGUAGUCCAUGAAACGAUUUCAUAUAAAUAAGUGCUUGCUUUAAUAUGCCAUGCUGGCAAUGAAAACUCAUUUUCUACUUUAUAUAGUUACUAUAUAACAUACAUAUUUACUCAAAUUGAACUCGAAUAUCGCACUUAUGUAUAUUACGUAAUAUUUUUUUUUAUAAUUUUACUUGCAGCUCUCUUCUAUAGCUCUAAGUCUAUUUAUUAUAAGAGUAUCCUUUAAAGCCAUUUUGUUUAUGGCAAUGCCGUUAGAACUCUACUUUUUUACAAGUGUUAACACGAAGUACUAUUUUUUUAUUAGUUUUAUUUUUUUUUUUUCAUUUUUUAUAUUUUUAUUGUUUUAUUAUUUUUUUUAUUAUUUUUAUUUGUUUUAUUACCUUUUAUUUAUUUUGGUUUCACUUUAGUGCACCACAAAAGAAUUUUUUGCAAAUAAAUGGUCUCGGUUUAUGAAUUAUCCACUUUUAAAUAAAGCGCGUAUGGCUUUUUAAUAAAGUUCUCAUUUAAAUCUUAGCAGCUUCUUUCGAGCGCACAUUCAUUAACAAUUUCGCAAGAAUUUUUUACGGUUUUAUUUAUAUAUUCCGCAUAUUGCCAUUAUAAUGUCAUUUCAAGCAAUCAUAGAUACUGCAUUUCCUAAAUCAUUCGCUGCAAACUAGUUACGUCUGACGGAAAGUGGAUGGUACAGCAAAAAUCUAUUAUCUAGCCGUAGUCAAAACGCCCUUAUAAGAACGCAACCAAAAAUUUGAAUGAGAUUUACAUUUUAAGUAGCAACAAAACUAACAAAUUAAUGUUAAUUCUAUAUUAUUAAAUUAUCAAUACGAAUUCUAUGUACGAAUAUAUUAUAUACAUAAAUGCAAUUUGGUAACAAAUGAAAAACAAAACAAUACAGAAAAUAAUAAUUAUUAUGAAAGUCAAAAGAUGUUGAUCAAUAGCAAAUAUAAGUAAUACGACAUUUACAAUUUAUAUACAAGCGAUGAAUAGUUAUACAAAUAUUAUACAUAAAAAUAUUAAUAGAUAUUUACAUAAAACUAUUAACCUUAACCCUAGUCCUUCCCCCGUCUGCGCUUAUCAGCUAGCUUUGCUCUCCUUUCAGCGGUCUCCCCGGCACCUGAACCACGCGCUGUGGUAAUAAAAAGCGAACAACUUAGCUUCACAAAAAACCGAAUACAAACAAGCCUAUGUCAAACAUUAAAUUAUAAUUACGAACUUUUAAUUAACAGCAGAUGUGAAGUAUGAAGUUUAAGUGAACAUUUUUGCAAAUGAUAUUUAUAUUUAACGAAAAAUAUGCUAAUUAUAUUUAUAUAUAUGUAAGUAUGUUGUUAGCAGCAAUACAAAAAUGUAUGCAGAGAACAGUUAAUAUGGGCGCAUACAUGUUUAAACGUUGGAUAAAAAUUAUGAAUAAAUUAUAUAUAUUUAUUGGCGCGGAAAGGCACAACACAUAUUAACACGAACAAAGGAAAAAACAACUUAAUUACCAUAUAAACCACCUGUCAAUCAGUCAUUUGCAACACAUGCGCUAAUUCCCACAAACAAUUCCACGUACUUCUAUUAAAACAUAAACCUGUGUACAAGUAUUUUAUUUAUACAGACAACUAAAUUUGCCAUAGUUGUAUGUAUAUUUAUGUUUUUUUAUAAUAUUUCACAUUCGCUAGUAUUACCUGAGUACAAUGCAGACAACACACACACACAUAAGCGUAAAAUUAAACAACAAAUAUUUUCACACAAGUUUGCCCAGUGUUAUCUUCUAUUAUACUUUUAUACGUAUUUAUAUAUUAUAAAAUAUUUUGUUUUUGUAAAUAAUUUAAUAUUUUACAAA